GCUCGUAUAUUUACUCAUUUCUCACGUAGCAGAUGGCCGGCUACGGACUGCCGUUACCCCCACCGCAAAGGCCGCUGUGCACGGCAGAAGGACGCUGGAGAGAUCCUGACAGCUGUGACUACAUAGAUUGCAUUUCUCUCAAUGGAGAGCUGACCGCAAAGAGGGGGUCGUGUCAUGGAUAUGCCUUUGACCAAGAUAAAAUGGCCUGCAAUGAGGAACUUUCCUGCCUUCGAUCAUUACCGCAAUUCCGUUAUGUCGGGGAAGACCACUCCCUCGCAUUCGUAUGUAAGGGAAAACCAAGUGGGUUUUAUUGUGCGGAUUGCAAAACUCUUGUGAACUGCAUUGGUGAAAGUGCUUUUCCUUACACCUGCGCAGACCUGACCAGAUGUGACAGCAGAUCCACGUUUGGGGGUGGCGUGUGCUAUCCAGAAUCUCCUAGGAGGUGCUUUUGUCACACAAGGCACUCGUUUCACGUCGAUUUAUACGACGAUCGGAAAUUCUACUACUGCGAGGACGUAGAGAGUGAAUAUGAGAUCUUCCAGUGCCCCAACGAGAUGGUCUUCAAGCAGAAAAUGAUCCAAUGUAGAACGCGCUCAGGCUUACCGAAUUGUGAUCGCAUGGGCGUCUUCUCGUAUAUUCCCGACUGUAGAAGGUACUACGUCUGCAUCCUCACCCUGACAGGAUGGGUGCAGAAGGCCUUCAAGUGCGGCAGUGACAGCGCCCUCGGUGAUCUCAUGUUCAAUCAGGUCACAGGGGAGUGCGAGGACCCCUGUACUUGGAUCGCGAAAAGUUUCUCCUGCCAAAGAGAGGGUCGCUUUGGGGAUUUCGUCAGCUGCCGUAUAUACCACGAGUGUGUGCGCAUGCCCAACGGAUUCCGACACGUGAAGCAUGAGUGUCCUUUGGGCUAUUCAUGGGAUCCGACCGCUCUCAGCGGGUUUGGCCUUUGUGUUCUGGCCGAUACUAACAAUGGCUGCGCCGUGGACAACUCUACACUGAAUUUGUGUAGAAUCCCUGAAACUAGAUGUCCCUAUGUCCCAGGAGGAAAUUCAUCUUUCGUUCUUCCUCCCGACGAUAUUGAUUCUUCCUUGGUCAUCAGUACUGCUACAUCAGACAUUCCAACCACAAUUGCAAGUAUUUUGCACAGCACAGAGGCUCCAUUUCCUACAGGACAGUCUCAAACCUUAAUGCCCUGGGAUUACACAACGAUAGGUGCAGAGACCACAGUUACUGAAGGUCCUCUGCAAACAAAAGCUCCAGCACCCCAGUGUCCCCAGCCGUUCGACUACGUGGCCGGCGAUUGUGUCAUGGUUUCGGGGGAGAGGGAGAGGCGGAACUACACCGGAGCCAUGGAGUACUGCGGCCUGCUAGGAGGUGGCUUGGCCUCGCCCUCCAACCUGAUGGCGCUGAGGAACUACGUCUUGCUUAAACUGGGUGUGAUUCACGUUCGCGUCGGCGCAACCCGCAAUCCCUCUCAGGAAGAUACCUGGGUCUGGCCCGAUGGAAGACCCGUCGCCGCCUCAGCCUGGGGCCCUUGGCAGCCUGACAACGGCGGGGGUCAGGAGUACUGCGCCACACUCAAUACCAAUCUGUGGUGGGACGGGCCUCUCAAUGACUUCAGUUGCGAGGGCCUGUAUUCCUUCGUGUGUCAGUAUGGCGUGUAAUAGUGCUGUUCCUGUUAAUUGCUGUCAUGGUCAGUCUUUAUUUUUGAAGUUUUUCGUGUCAUCAUCCUCACUGGUGUCUCUCUUAACGAUAAAAAAAUAUUUACGGCAGCUGUAUGGUAGCACAAACAUUCAUUGACAAAACCAUGAAGUUUAUAUACUCAUCACAAUACAUGAUUUUUAAAAAG